UCUAACCCUAGAUAUAUACAUAUUUCGAGGCUCGCGUUUUGUUUUGUCUCUCUUUCACCUCUCCACCUCCGACUGCUACGGUUUUGUCAAACUUCAGAAACAACUAAUCCCUAUUGCUCGCAUUACCCCAAAGCCAUGUCGAGGAGAAAGACCAGAGAGCCCAAGGAAGAGAAUGUUACCCUUGGACCUGCUACCAGGGAUGGAGAACUUGUUUUUGGCGUGGCCCACAUCUUUGCCUCCUUUAACGACACCUUCAUCCAUGUGACUGAUUUAUCCGGAAGGGAAACAAUGGUUCGCAUUACUGGUGGUAUGAAGGUGAAGGCUGAUAGGGAUGAAUCUUCCCCUUAUGCAGCUAUGCUUGCAGCACAAGAUGUCUCUCAAAGAUGCAAGGAACUGGGCAUUAAUGCUCUUCAUAUUAAGCUUCGUGCAACUGGGGGGAACAAGACAAAGACCCCUGGACCUGGUGCCCAGUCAGCACUUAGAGCCCUUGCUCGUUCUGGAAUGAAAAUUGGUCGUAUAGAGGACGUGACUCCAGUUCCCACUGACAGCACUCGAAGAAAGGGUGGCAGAAGGGGAAGAAGGCUGUGAUUUGUUCUUGUUGGCAAUUAUACUUGCUAGUAUUGGAGGGACUUCUCUAGUUGCACGUUUAUUAUUCUCAUUUUGCGUAUUUUGGAAGUAUGUAGUUUGAACACAAGUUUUGUUGGCAAAUUACGGGAAUAGUUUACUGGAUUACAAGCCAAAUACAAUAUAACUUCUAUUUAUCUUCCGAUAUGUACUUUUUGAUGGGGUUAAUUAUUCAUUGUGAUGUUAUCUCA